UUCCGAGAUUCGCCACUUCCCACCCCCCAGGUUCACCUUGGCGAGGGUGAAGAUGUCUCCGAGUCCUUGGAUGGGCACCUUCCUCCUGUCUGCCUCUUUGCUGGGUCUGCUCUUGGCGCCAGGCUGCUCAGGGGCUCAGGGCAGGUUUGCCUACAAGCUGCUCAAUGACCUGUUUGCCAACUACUCCAAUGCGCUGCGGCCGGCGGAAGACACCGACCGAGCUCUCAACGUCACGCUGCAGGUCACCCUGUCCCAGAUCAUCGACAUGGAUGAGAGGAAUCAAAUCUUGACGGCUUACCUGUGGAUCCGGCAGGUGUGGGUGGACGCCUACCUGAGCUGGGAGAAGGAGGCUUACGAUGGCAUUGACACCAUACGGAUCCCAAGCAGCUACGUCUGGAGGCCGGACAUCGUUCUGUAUAACAACGCCGACGACCAGUUCACGGGCUCGAUGGAGACCAACGUGGUGAUCCACUCGGACGGCCAGAUCAUGUGGGACUCUCCGGCCAUCACCAAGAGCUCCUGCAAGGUGGACGUCUCCUACUUCCCCUUUGACGGCCAGCAGUGCCGGCUGACCUUUGGUUCCUGGACAUACAACGGGAACCAGAUUGACAUCCUGAACAAGCAGGAGACCGGGGACCUGACGGACUUUGUGGAGAACGUGGAGUGGGAGGUGCUGGGGAUGCCGGCCAAGCGCAGCGUGGUCACCUACGGGUGCUGCUCGGAACCCUACCCAGACGUCACCUACACGCUGCUGCUCAAGAGGAGGGCUUCCUUCUACAUCUUCAACCUGCUUCUCCCCUGCAUCAUGAUCUCCUUCCUCGCCCCGCUGGGCUUCUACCUCCCGGCCGACUCCGGGGAGAAGGUGUCCCUGGGGGUGACCGUGCUCCUGGCACUGACCGUCUUCCAGCUGCUGGUGGCCGAGAGCAUGCCCCCCUCGGAGAACGUGCCCCUCAUCGGCAAAUACUACAUCGCCACCAUGACCAUGAUCACGGCCUCCACCGCCUUGACCAUCUUCAUCAUGAACAUCCACCACUGCGGCCCUGGCGCCAAACCCGUCCCCAGGUGGGCCAAGAAGCUCAUCCUGCAAUACAUGGCCCGCAUCUUCUUCGUCUACGAAGUGGGGGAGAGCUGCAGGAGCCCCCGGCCGGAGCCGGAGCCCAACCCCAAGGCCCGCGUGGCCAACGGCGGAGGCCCCGCACGGGGGGUGGGCAGGGGGAGAUCCCCCGGCGAGGAAGCGCCACCCCUCCGGUCUCCUUCGCAGGGGCCCAGCAGCCCCUCGGAGCAGCCCGGGUGGGGCGAGGGCGGCCAGUACGUGGCCCCGGAGGGUGGGGAGGGUGGGUCUGCGGACCAGGACCCCUGCGCCAAGAGCCGCUGCUUCUGCCACCACCACAGCAUCCUCAGGAACGUGGAGUACAUUGCUAACUGCUUCCGGGACCAGAAGGCGGCUUCCAGGCGGACCGGGGAGUGGAAGAAGAUCGCCAAGGUGAUGGACCGCUUCUUCAUGUGGGUCUUCUUCGCGAUGGUCUUCAUCAUGAGCGUCCUCAUCAUGGGCAAAGCCAUCUGAGAUGCCCCAAAGGA